GUGCUCCACCUAUUUGUGCCAGGUGAAUAACACAAUCAAAUUCAAAGCAAAUGAAAACAAUUGGCCCUAGAAUUAGGGUUCAUCUGUCUUCUCCUUGAUGGCCAAUUUAAGAUGUUUUACAAACGAAGCGCACUUAGUGAAAACAGUGUGUGCAGUUGUACUAAAAGGUUGUUCUUGGGACAUCAUCCUAAAACCCCGAAUCGGUUCGAUUAUUACCUCGAACACCAUCAAUCAUACACUUCAGAAUCUCUCACAAAAGGGGUCUUUUUGUUUUAUCUCUUGGAAUUUUUUCAAAUGGGUUGAACUAAACCCUGAUUACAAGCAUUCUUUACAAUCCUCUUGGACCAUGAUCCACCUCCUCACAAAACAAAGACACUUCAAAAGUGCACACCAACUGCUCGAGAAAAUUGCUCCGAGAGAUUUUUUAUCUUCACCCGCGGUUAUAAAUGCGCUGGCCACUACCUGCGAUGACCAAGAUGUGAAUUCACAUGUUUUAAGCUGGUUAGUGAUAUUCUAUGCAAAUUCAAAGAUGACCCAAGAUGCAAUUCAAGUCUUUGAGCAUAUGAGGGUUCAUGGUCUAAAGCCACAUUUGCCUGCUUGUACUGUUCUGUUGAAUUCGUUGGUUAAAGAGAGAUUAACUGAUACAGUGUGGAAGUUUUACAAGAAAAUGGCAAAGAUUGGGAUAGUUCCAAAUUUGCAUAUCUAUAAUGUCUUGAUUCAUGCUUGCUGCAAGUCUUUGGAUGUGGAGAAAGCAGACGAAUUGUUGAGUGAGAUGGAGAAUAAAUGUGUUUCUCCUGAUCUUUUUACCUAUAAUACAUUGAUAUCGUUGUAUUGCAAGAAAGGUAUGCAUUAUGAGGCUUUGUGUAUUCAAGAUAGAAUGAACAGAGCAGGUUUACAUCCCGACAUUAUAACCUAUAAUUCGUUGAUCUAUGGGUACUGUAAACAAGGUCGGAUGAGGGAGGCAUUAAGAAUGUUUAAGGAAAUCAAAGGCGCAACUCCAAAUCAUGUGACAUACACUACUUUGAUUGACGGGUAUUGUAGAGUGAACAGUUAUGAUGAAGCUCUGUGUUUACGCAAGGAAAUGGAAGCUAAAGGGUUAUAUCCUGGCACUGUUACCUAUAACACGAUGCUACGCAAAUUGUGUGAAGAGGGUAAGAUAAGGGAUGCGAACAAAUUGUUGAAUGAAAUGAGUGAGAAAAAGGUUGUGCCCGAUAAUAUCACUUGUAACACAUUGAUUAAUGCUUAUUGCAAGAUUGGAGAUAUGAAGUCUGCUUUGAAAGUUAGAGGUACAAUGUUGCAUGCCGGACUUAAGCCUGAUGCCUUUACUUACAAGGCAUUGAUUCACGGGUUUUGCAAGGCUCAAGAAAUGGAAAAUGCCAAAGAGAUUGUUUUCACUAUGCUUAAUGACGGAUUUUCUCCGAACUAUUGCACAUAUUCAUGGCUUGUGGAUCUUUACUGCAACCAAAGCAACGAAGAGAUGCUGGUAAAGUUACCUGAUGAGUUUUAUCAGAAGGGUAUAAUCGUUGAUGUUUCAGUUUACAGGGCACUUAUAAGGAGAUUAUGCAAGAGAGAGAGGGUUGAUCAUGCUCAAAAGUUGUAUAAUAUGAUGCAGCAUAAAGGGAUAUCAGGAGACAGUGUUAUAUUUACUAGUUUGGCAUAUGCUUACCUGAAAGCAGGUGACACAACUACUGGUUUACAGAUUUUUGAUGAGAUGUACAAGAAGAGAUUGAUGAUCACUCAGAAAAUCCACAAAAGUUUCACAGCUAGUUAUGCUGGUGAAGAGGGCAUUUUGCAGACUUUUUGGAAUUUGGCUGUUGAAAGAGGCUUGAUUUCAAGAAAUACCUUGAAACAGAUUCAUCGAGCCGAAGAUUAUGCAUAGGAUGCAAAAGUUGCAAGAAAUACCUUUUUCUUGCUAUUAAAUUUCUCUUCAGUUAAUGUCUGGAUCAAUGCAAUUGUGUUUUAGUCGUGAUAUCGAAUCGAAAUUUGCCAAAACUCCCAUGACAUAAUACAAGUUGAUAAUCCA